AAUGGAUUUUAUAUUAGUUGCAAUCCUUGGAAUUAUUUUCUUAAAAUAUAUUUUAUUUGCCUUUCUAUGUGCCCUUUUUCGAAUUUUCUUCCCAUUUUUCUUCCCCUUCCCAAAAAAUUUGCAUAAAUUGGCUGGUGCAAAAUGGGCCCUAAUAACAGGUGGAACUGACGGUAUUGGAAAAGAAUAUGUUAAUCAAUUAGCCAAAAAACAAUUUAAUAUAAUUAUAAUUUCACGUUCACAAUCAAAAUUGGACAAUGUAGCUAAAGAAUUGAGAGAAAAAUUUAAAGGAAUUGAAGUGAGAACAAUAGCUUUUGAUUUUACUAAUCCAAAUUUGGAGGAUUAUAAUAAAUAUAUUUUGAAUAGAAUUGAUGAUGUGGAUAUUGGAAUAUUGAUUAAUAAUGUUGGAAUGUUCAACGAAUAUCCUGAACGUUUUGAAAAGACUGAAGGUGGAAUUAAAAAAUUGGCGGAUAUGGCGCUAGUUAAUAUGUUGCCACAAACAAUUGUUUCACAUUACAUUUUGCGACAAAUGAUCCCAAGAAAGAAGGGAAUUAUUGUUAAUAUUUCUUCGACUAUAAAUUAUUUUGAAUGGUAUUAUUUGGCUGUUUAUUCUGCUUCAAAGAGAUAUGCCCAAUGGCUUUCUGCAAUUUUACAAGCCGAAUACAAAGGUACAGGAAUUACAAUACAAACAGUGUGCCCAGGGGUAGUAGCCACAAAUAUGACUAAAAACCCAAAACCUUCAUUUACUGAACCUACCCCAGUUAAAUUUGUUGGCCAAGCAAUACACAGCAUUGGACUAAUUAAAGAAACUACUGGGUGUUUUGCUCAUCAACUUAAUUUGGAAUUUAUUUCAAUCCUUCCAAAAUUCAUUGUAGCCAUGUUUACAAAAAGAAUGUCGUUGAAAAUGAAAGAUCAAUACCUCAAAAAUGGGCGAUUUAUGUAA